UUGUCCAGGGGAGAGGCAGGACUUUUCUCACCAUGGCUGGAACCAGGGCACUUCUGAUGCUGGAAAACUUCAUCGACGGGAAAUUUUUACCCUGUGCCUCAUAUAUAGAUUCUUAUGACCCGUCUACAGGGGAGGUGUACUGCAGGGUACCAGACAGCGGAAAGGAAGAGGUGGACGCGGCGGUGGCGGCGGCCAGGGCGGCCUUCCCGGGCUGGGCGGCGCGCGGCCCCCAGGAGCGCUCGCGGGCGCUGCAGCGGCUGGCGGACCUGCUGGAGGAGGCGCUGGAGGAGCUCGCGCGGGCGGAGUCCAGGGACCAAGGGAAAACCAUAACCCUGGCGAGAACCAUGGACAUCCCCCGGGCUGUGCAGAACUUCCGGUUCUUUGCCUCCUCCAUCCUGCACCACACGUCAGAGUGCACGCAGAUGGACCACGCGGGCUGUCUGCACUACACCGUGCGGGCGCCCGUGGGCAUCGCUGGUCUGAUCAGCCCCUGGAACUUGCCGCUCUACCUGCUGACCUGGAAGAUCGCUCCCGCCAUCGCUGCCGGCAAUACGGUGAUAGCCAAGCCCAGCGAGCUGACCUCCGUGACCGCGUGGAUGAUGUGCAAACUCCUGGGGAAAGCAGGUGUUCCACCAGGUGUGGUAAAUAUUGUGUUUGGAACGGGGCCCAGGGUAGGCGAGGCCCUGGUGUCCCAUCCGGAAGUGCCUCUCAUCUCCUUCACUGGGAGCCAGCCUACAGCCGAGCGCAUCAUGCAGCUGAGUGCUCCUCACUGCAAGAAGCUCUCCCUGGAGUUGGGGGGCAAGAAUCCUGCCAUCAUCUUUGAGGAUGCCAACCUGGAGGAGUGUGUUCCAACAACUGUCAGGUCCAGCUUUGCCAACCAGGGUGAAAUCUGCCUCUCUACCAGCAGGAUCUUUGUCCAGAAGAGCAUCUACAGUGAAUUUUUAAAGAAGUUUGUAGAAGCUACCAGAAUGUGGAAAGUUGGCAUUCCCUCCGAUCCAUCGGCCAGCAUGGGAGCUCUGAUAAGUAAAGCUCAUUUGGAGAAAGUCAGAAGAUACGUCAAGAUAGCCCGUACUGAGGGGGCCCGGAUUCUGUGUGGUGAGGGAGUGGACCAGCUGAGUCUUCCCCCUGGGAAUCAGGGGGGCUACUUCAUGCUUCCCACAGUGAUAACAGACAUCAAGGACGACUCCUGCUGCAUGAAGGAAGAGAUAUUUGGUCCAGUGACGUGUGUCGUCCCCUUUGAUACCGAAGAGGAAGUGAUUAAAAGAGCCAACAGCGUCAAAUACGGGCUGGCAGCGACAGUGUGGUCAAGCAGCGUGGGGCGUGUCCACCGGGUGGCUAAGAAGUUGCAGUCAGGUUUGGUCUGGACCAACUGCUGGCUCAUCAGAGAGCUGAACCUUCCUUUCGGGGGGAUGAAGAGCUCUGGGUUAGGUAGAGAAGGAGCCAAGGACUCUUACGAUUUUUUCACUGAAAUCAAAACUAUCACCAUUAAACACUGACCUGGGCCAAUGGAGAAGCUGUUGUGGGCAAUGCCUGGCUGCAGAGAGUCAGUUGUCCAAAGUGGUGAAUGGAAAUACUGGCAUAAAUUCCAGCCACGUCUUGACUUGGCAGAAGGUGAUCUCUGGCUUAUCCUCAGUAGUUAGUAUUUUUACCCACUGAGGAAGAGAUGCUAUUUUCAAUGUUGAGUCAAGGAAGAGAAGACUUCUGACUAGGAAGGCACAAAAAUAAAACCAA